AUGGCUCCCUGCCGUCCUGUGCCCACCAGGCUGCUGUUGUUUCUUUCAGGUCCCGCAUCUCCAGCCCCACCUGGCCAGCUCAACACCAGCGGUGCAGAGAGCAAACCCUCAGAGCCAGGAGAGCGGCUGGCGGUGCGCCUGGUGAACGGGAGCAGCGGCUGCAGCGGGGCGGUGCAGGUGUGGCUCGGGGAGGCCUGGGAGCCGGUGUGCGGGGCGCUGUGGGACGGCCAUGCCCCCGAGGCCGUGUGCCGAGCGCUGGGCUGCGGAGGGGUGCUGGAGGCCACCGUGCAGCCUGGCCUGCGCACCAUGGAGCCCCUUGCGCCCACCUCGGGGAAUGCCAGCGGGACCCCCAACGCCACCCGCGCCUCCCUGCCCGCCAUCCUGUGCCAGGGUCCUGAGUGGCGGCUCUGUGAAGUGAUGGAGCACGUGUGCAACAGCGACACGGUACUGGCCCAGGUCACCUGUGAAGAGAACCGCGCGUUGCGGCUGGUGGACGGCGGCGGCAGGUGCGCAGGCCGCGUGGAGAUGUUGGAGCACGGGCGGUGGGGCUCGCUGUGCGACGACACGUGGGACCUGCAGGACGCCCACGUGGUGUGCCGGCAGCUGGGCUGUGGCUGGGCGGUCCAGGCUGUGCCUGGCUUGCACUUUGCCCCCGGCCGUGGGCCCAUCCACCGGGACCAGGUGAACUGCUCCGGGGACGAGGCCUACCUGUGGGACUGCCCCGGGCUGCACAGUGACAGCUACUGUGGUCACAAGGAGGACGCAGGCGUGGUGUGCUCAGAGCACCAGUCCUGGCGUCUGACCGGGGGCGCUGACCUCUGCGAGGGGCAGGUGGAGGUCUACUUCCGUGGGGUCUGGAGCACGGUGUGUAACAGUGAGUGGUACUUGCCGGAGGCCAAUGUGCUUUGCCGCGCCCUGGGCUGUGGGGCCCUGGUGACAACACCCAAGGGGCAGCCCCACUCCCUGUCAGGCCAGAUGUACUACUCGUGCACCGGAAGCGAGCCCACCCUCGCCCACUGCUUCUGGAGGUUCAACAACCCCAACCUCUGCAGCCAGUCGCUGGCGGCCAGGGUCCACUGCUCAGGAUCACACAAUCGGUCCUCUACUGGAGCCCCUCUGAGUCUUCAGCCGGUCACUGUGGAACCUUCUCGGCCAGUGGAAAUAGAGCCCAGGGGAUCUGGGGAGCUAAUACUCUUCAUCUCCUGCAUCAUUCUGGGAAUCCUCCUCCUUGGUUCAUUGAUUUCCAUCGCCUUCAUCCUCUUCAAAGUGAAAGGAAAAUAUGCCCUCCCUGCUAUGGCGAACCACCAGCACCUGCCUGCCACCGCCCCAGCAGGGAUCAGUAGCUAUCACAAUAAUCCCAUCACCAUUCCCAAAGAAGAAGUUCCCGAGCUGCCCGUCCAGGUCCAGGCCCCACCACCCGAGGACUCCAGCUCAGACUCCGACUAUGAGCACUAUGACUUCAGUGCCCAGCCCCCUGUGGCCCUGACCACCUUCUACAAUUCCCAGCGGCACCGGGUCACCGAUGAGGAAGUCCAGCGGAGCAGGUUCCAGAUGCCCCCGUUGGAGGAAGGGCUCCAGGAGCUCCCUGUCUCCUGGCCCCACCUGCCAAUCCCUGGUCGUUGUGUUGCAGAUCCUCCCUCACUAGGUCCUCGGCAUCACUCCGGGCACAGCAGCAGCUCCAGCACAUCUUCUGGGGACAAUUACUGCAACAGCCCCAGUAGCAAGGCCCGUCCGUGGAAUUCUCAAGUCUUCUCUUCGGAGGGCACCCCCCUCCUGCCGCAGCCCCCUAACUUGGAACUGGCUGGCUCCCAGCCCAUCCUUUCAGCAGGGCCCUCCGCUGAUGACAGCUCUAGCACCUCGUCUGGGGGAGAGUGGUACCAGAACUUCCAGCCCCCGCCACAGCCCCCCUCCGUGGAGCAGUGUGAGGGUCCAGGGUCCCCUAGCCCCAAGCCUGAUUCCACAGAUGAUGACUACGAUGACAUUGGAGCCACCUAG